UUUUUUUUUGAAAGAAGAUAAGCAAGAAAUAGAAAAAAAGAAAGAUGAAAUCUUGCACUCUUUUACUUUUGUGUGUUGGACUUUUUGUCUUGGCGGUUAAUGGUCAGCAAUGUUCACGAGUAGAACAACGGUGUCGACAAGAUCGUGAUUGUUGUGAGAAUCUCCGAUGUGGUGAUAGAGGGAGAUGUGCGAGACUAGGACGCGAUUGUCGAAGGGAAGGUCAAGAAUGUCGGGACGAGUCAGAAUGUUGUCCAAAUUUCCGCUGUAAUAUAAGGAAUAGAAGGUGUGAGAGAGGAGCAGAUACCUGUCGAAGAGAAAAUCAAGAUUGUCGACGCGAUGAUCAAUGUUGUGAAAAUCUCCGUUGCGAUGAAAGAAACAGGAGAUGUGAAAGACGUGGCGAUGGUGGAGAUUGCCGACGACAAGGACAAGAGUGUACCAGAAGUAGAGAAUGUUGUAGGGGUUUGAGGUGCGGUGAGGAAAAUCGUUGCGUUCAGGGCAGUUGCGGUUGGUUAGGAGCGAGGUGUGAAGACGACCGUCAAUGUUGCAGUCUCUUAAGAUGCGAUCGUACUCAAAGUCGUUGUGUUUAAAAACGAAUAUCACUUGAGAAACGUUUACCUGGAAUGGACAUUUUUAUUCAUCGAUUUACUUAAUUAUGAAAAAUUUUUCUAUAAUGAUUUCUUUAUUUUGUAACUAAUUCGUAAAUCAGAAAAACGAAAGAAAAAAUUAAAAUAAAUUAUCAACUUCUUGAAAAUA